GUUUUGUUUCUCCACUCCUCGCACGCAGUCUUCUACUUACUUGCCGCCGCACUCGUUGGUUGGGAAAUGGCUGAGGGAGUCAAGGCACAACUGGGCUUAUAUGGAUGCAGCUUUCAGACUUCCUGACGGGAAACACUCUAACCAAACGGGGCGUGUUAUUUUCAGCUUGCGGAUAUGGUGAGACAGAGAAAGAUAGUGGAGCUGCACGCUUUCCAGCGGUCUUUCCAGCUUCAGAGCAGGUCUGUGGACUCUGUCCCGGUGGAUGGAAGCUGUGCAGGCCUGACCCCCCUCCAGCGAAACGGCUCCCCUGUGGAGGCGCAGCUCAGCCCCUCCUGCGAUGUGGCUGGCACUGUAGCACGGAGCCCAGUAAUGGAGGGCAGCCAACCGCUAAGCAUCGAGGAUGCCGCCAAGAGAAAGAAGAAGAAAAGGAGGACAAGAGCAACUGACAGCUUUACGGCGAGUUUCAAUGACCUGUACAAGCUAACGGAGGAGCUGCUGGGAAAGGGGGCGCACGCCAAAGUUCAGGGCUGCGUAAGCCUGCAGAAUGGAAAAGAAUAUGCCGUGAAGAUUAUAGAGAAGACCAAGAGCCACAGUCGUACCCGUGUCUUCAGAGAGGUAGAGACCCUCUACCAGUGCCAGGGGAACAGGAAUAUUUUGGAGCUGAUAGAAUUUUUUGAAGAUGAAGCCUGCUUCUAUUUAGUAUUUGAGAAGUUACGAGGAGGCUCCAUUCUGUCUCACAUCCAGAGUCGCAAGCACUUCGAUGAGCUGGAGGCCAGCCGGGUGGUCAGGGACAUCGCUAAGGCGCUCAACUUCCUCCACACUAAGGGCAUUGCCCACCGGGACCUCAAGCCUGAAAAUAUUCUGUGUGAAUUCGCUGACCGGGUGUCUCCAGUGAAGAUCUGUGAUUUUGACUUGGGAAGCGGAGUAAAGAUGAGCAGUGCCUGCACACCCAUCACCACCCCUGAGCUCACCACUCCAUGCGGCUCGGCGGAGUACAUGGCCCCCGAGGUGGUGGAGGUGUUCACGGACGAGGCCACCUUCUACGACAAGCGGUGCGACCUGUGGAGCCUGGGGGUCAUCCUGUACAUCAUGCUGAGCGGCUGCCCCCCCUUCACGGGCCACUGCGGGACGGACUGCGGCUGGGAGCGCGGGGAGACCUGCCGCGCCUGCCAGAACAACCUGUUUGAGAGCAUCCAGGAGGGGAAGUACGAGUUCCCCGAGAAAGACUGGGCCCGCAUCUCGGACGACGCCAAAGACCUCAUCUCCAGGCUGCUGGUGCGAGACGCCACGCUGCGGCUCGGCGCCGGGCAGGUCCUGGAGCACCCGUGGGUACAGGGGAACGCUCCGGAACGCGGACUUCCUACGCCACAUGUUCUGCAGAGGAACAGCAGCACCAAGGACCUGACGCAGUUCGCCGCCGACGCCAUCGCCUGCAACCGCCAGCUCUCGCAGCACGACGAGGAGCGCGAGGACAUGACCGCCAUCGUCUGCUCCAUGCGGCUGUCCCCGCCCUCCAACUCGCGUCUGGCCCGCCGGCGAGCCCAGACCCACGCCCUGCGCGACGGGCCCCCGGGGGACCUGCCGGCCCCCGCCGAGGGGCCCCCCGCGUGCGUCAACGCCUGCUGACCCCGUGAAACCGGCAACCGGGACCGUUUUAGGGUCGCUGCUUUGGGGAGCCUUCAACUACCGGGCUUAUUCUGCACGCGCUCGGUGCUGUAGCGGCCCGUGUCUGAAUGUACCCCCGGGUUCUUCACAGGAUGCGCGUGUUAGCGCAUUAGCAUUAGCGUAGCAAGGUGGACGUUAGCGUCCAUUGCAGGGCACUUAAUGGGUGUGGCUGGAUGAUGGGGCUGGGGCACAUGCGCUUAUAUGCGCUGUGUUUCCUUGAUGCCGGUUAGUCAUUGUUAGCGGUAGGUGCUUUUGAAUUGAUGAUUGAUCUUUGAUGAUUGGUAGACUGGCUAAUCAGUGCAAAGGAGGUGAACAUUCAGGAAGUGACAUCAGCCCAGUCGUAUUGAUUUUCAGUGUUAUGUUCCUGAAUGCUGUUGAAUGCGUAGUCCUCCUGACGGACGAUCGACAGUAAUAGUAUUUACAGUAGUUGAGCUGAAGUGAGUCACUUUCAGGCCUUCUCCGUGCUGUUAAUGGUUUAUAAAGUCUUCCUGAACUCAGCUGUGAAAGGGAUUUAGUGCAAAUGGGCAAAAGUAUUUUUUAUGAAUUUAAAAAAAAUAUUCUGGCAAAAAACGUGUAUGUUGUGUGUGGGUUAUGCGUAUUGUAAAUGCUUUAAAUGUUGCAGUCUGAAUGCAUUUGGUCUGUCGGCACUUUGCUUUGUCAAGUCAUAGCUAUUUGUGUAGAGUUAUUGAACUCAGUGACCUCAGUACAGAGCAUGAAUAUACUUUACUGAAGUACAUGCAUUUGAGAGGUACAUUGUUAUUGUAUCGGGAAAACUGUAAGACUUUUAUUUCACUGGUAAAAUUCUCUUGAAUUUUGUAGUUGUUUUUACCAAAUAGAAACAAUUCCAAAAUAGCUUUCCUUCAGAAACAUUUGAGUAGUUUUGUUCAUAAUGUUUAAAAAGAUUAAGUCUUUAAGCGUAUUACUGCAGUUUGGUUAGGUGAAUAAUUUUAGUCUAAUUCUGAUGUUAUGGAACAUGAAAAUUAUGACCAUUGUCAAUUAGCAUGUUUUUGCUAAAUUGAUUUCAUGUGGGAUGCGUCUCUGAAGCUUGUCAUUCACUUGCAAGAAAAUGAUUUAAAUAUGCAAAUGACCUUUGUAUUAACCCUAUCAAAAACCAAAAAGGGAAAAAAAACUGCACAUUUUUCCACCAAUUGCUUGUAUUUCUGUAUGUGUAUGAUGGAAGCGUUUUUUGUCAGUUACAUUACAUAUUUACUGCUUUUCAUCUUUAACUAAGUUGAGUGAUAUUUCACUUUGUUAUACUGUGACUUUUAUUUGGUUCAUGAGAAUUACACUGAGCUUCAGAAUUGUGCAGAAUUAUUGUAAUCUGUAAUUGCUCAUUUGUGCAUUAUGUUGUAUACUUUUAGGAACUGGGCUGAUUGCUUUCAACAGUAGCAUGUUUAUUGAACUGGGGAUUGUUAAUUUUGUACUGUGCUCAGGGGUGGUUGUGUAAACGAUUGUCAUUUUAUUUUUUUAUUUGUAUUUUUUUCAAAUUGCUUGGUUUUAUAUGAAUCUCUUUCCGUCUCAGUAUUUAUCCUUUGAGUCUAUAUGUGAUAGUUUUUUUUCUGUCUGAAUAACGUUUGCCAAUAAUGUUAUUAGACAACAAAAAAACGUCACUGGGUUCCAAAGAAAGUAUAAUGGUGAAUGUCUUUGGCAAGUGAAUUGAGAAAAUCUGUGUGGACAGAGGAAAAACUCAGGGAAAGUCAGUUGCACCAGUGAAAAUUUAAACGAAUGAGCGUGCUGUUGUACGGAACACGGUUGUGCGGCUGUUAUUUUCUCAAAAGAAAGUUACUCUGUUGUGUGAAUCUUUAUAUUGUGUUGAGUACAGCACCAUAUUGUAUGCAUAUCGAGUAUGGUGUGGACAGCGAUGCUUUCAGUUGUAGGCAAAACUGAAGCAGUUCCAGACGAGUGCUGAGAGACCUGCAGGGUCACUUCACUGCGUGUGGUGGUUCGUUUGGGCAUUCAGUCUUUUUCGUUUGGGUAUGGACAGUUCUAAUAUUAUUGUUCCUAAUAUGAUCAAAUGCAGAGUAAAUGGGUAUCUUAGCCUCAUCUUAGCUAUUCCUUCUGUAAAGCAUGUACAUGAAUCAAAGAAUGCAUAGAUUUCUUAAAGUACAUUUGACCAUUUUAUUUCAUACUGUUGGUAUUUUGGUUUAUAGUUUUAACAUGUUGAUAUGUCUUAUGAAUGUGGAUUGAACCCAGUAAACAAACACUAUGACACCCUU